UGGGGGCGGCGAGGAAAUUGCUGUUCAGCAGGAAAUAGUGUCGAUGAUGGUUUUAUAAAAUAAGUGUCUCCGGAAAGAAAAAUAUUUGGAAAAUAUUAUGAAUAUCAGAAUCAGGGAGUCGUAGCUGUUUAUAAUUAUGUUGAUAGUAUUCAGCUAAUUUUACUUCUUGUAUGAUCAAUAUUUAAUGUACGAAGAGACACGGCACAUAAUUACAAAGGGCGGCAUGUUUGUGAGAGUUUUUAACGCAACUCUAACGUGGGAUGAAUGAGGAAGAAUUAUUGAAGCGGUCAGCUGCAGAGCGGGAUAGAAUUUUCAGCUGCUAUGACCGGGGUAGAGAGAACGGAGCUCAAAUUGACCCUUGGGAAGAUCCAGGCUUUGAAGUUUAUCACACAACGGACAGAUAUGGAUUCAUGCACGACAAGCGGUUACCACAGAAAGUGGAUCCGAACGAAGUUAAAUUACGGCACGUUGAAAUGGAGAGGAUAAAAAAAUGGAUAAAAAUGUUACGCCAAUGGGAAAGUCCCGCAACCGUUGACAAAUUACGCCGUAGGAUAUACAAGGGCAUUCCAAAUAGUCUCAGAGGUCAAGUAUGGAUUAAACUUCUUGGUGUUCAAAAUCUGAAGCAGGAGCAUGCCGGAAAAUAUGACGAGAUGCUCCGGCUCGCUCGCCAGUGGUCCACAGAAAUAAGACAAAUUGAUGCUGAUGUCGCUAGACAGUACAGAGACCAUAUCAAUUACAGGGAAAGAUAUAGCAUUAAACAGAGAUCCAUGUUCUACGUCUUAGCUGCUUACAGCAUGUAUAACAUGGAGGUCGGCUACUGCCAGGGUAUGUCUGUGUUGGCAGGCCUUCUGCUGUUGUAUAUGGAUGAGGAAGAUGCUUUUUGGGGACUGUCCGUACUUCUUGCAGACAAAAAGUACAGCAUGCAUGGAUUUUACGUCGAUGGGUUUCCGAAGUUAAAUCGUUUUAUUGAACACCACGACAAGAUUAUGUCCAAAUUUUUACCGAAGCUUAAACGCAAGCUUGAUAAAUGCGGCUGCGAUUCUAUACUGUAUGCUCUGAAAUGGUUCUUUGUUAUUUUUCAAGAAAGGACACCAGUCAGUCUUGGUCUUCGGAUAUGGGAUGUAUUUUUACUGGAUGGUGACCGUAUUUUGCCACCAAUGGCCUACUCAGUAAUGAAACUACAUAAGCGUUACCUGAUGCCCAUGGAGAGUCUUGAUGAAUUUUGUGGCUACCUUCAGAUGAAAUUGGAAAAAAACUUUGGUUUUGAUGACGACACAGUGAUAAACUCUAUGGAACGCAACAUGGAGGAACUAAAACGUGCUAAACUAGAUUACCCUGGUCCACCUCUGCCACACGAACUACCCAGGCAUCCAUUUGGCAUAUUCAAAGAACCCUCCUUCUCCAGCAAGGUAGGGAGAAGGAGUGAAGAGUUUAGCGAAGCUCAACAUGUGAUGCGGGAGUCUGUGGCACAGCGUAGGGACGUUGCAAGUUCAGAGGGAACCAGAGAAAAUUCAACCCCGGUUGACCCUGCUGGUUGCGGUGGCCUUGGGGGAAGCAAGUUUUCAUUUGACCCAAGCAUGGAUGACGGAGGCUCACCUAAUGGAUCGCGCCGUUCGUUAGCUGAUACUUCCGUUACAUCGACGGCGGAUCUAUCGGUAUUCAGUUCGGCAACUCGCUCCCAAGCCCUAGAUAAUAGCCUCGAUACUCAGAGCAACGUUUCAGAUGGUAGCUCGGGGAGCGGAGGCUUACCUACACCGAGAGCAACUCCUCAUCAGCCAAGUCCUGACGUUGUAAGAAUCUAUGUACCGUAUACACCUCCAUCCCCAGCUUCGUACAAAGAUGAUCUUCCUCGUACGCUGCCUCGAUCGUUAGAAACUAAUAAAAUUCGUAUACGUGUUGAUCCUGAUCAAACGCCUAUAGUCGAAAAUCUGAAACCAUUUACUUUGGAAAGUCCAGAGCUUGAGCUGGACUUGAAGUAAACUAAUUGUCCAACUUUGUUCUUAAUAUUAACUGUUCUAUAAUAUAUGGUAUAUAACAUUGAACAUAGUGUCGUUGGAAUAUUAAAAUUAUUGAAAAUUGAAGCAAAAAAGUAAGAAAAGAAAAUUAGAAGUACGAAAAAGAUAUUGGAUAUAUUGUAACAUAGACGAUCGCGAGAUACUGUUGAAUAAAUAUUAUUAUAGUAUUAUUAUUUUAUAGCUACAUGAGAAAGAAUCGUGGCAACAAUAUACUGAAACGUUCCAAAGUUUAGUCAGAACAAAAUUGACUAAUUAGCGUGAAUAAUUACCUUCAAUUAUAUUAUAUCUGCAUAUUGACAUUUAACAAUCUGUUCUAAUCGCCAAGAUGAUUCUGUGUGGAUGGAGAUUAUAGUGUACUAUAUUGAGACAGUCA